GGUCCAGUCCCCAACCGUGGGUUACGGAAGUGUUCCAACAUGGCGGACGUAAACCUGGUCUUUUCCGUCCCUAAAACCACAUCGGAUCCUAAAGAGCGAGGAUGCCUUAUCAUCGGCAACCCUGCUAGCCUUUCUCAGGUCAGCUUCGACAACUUUUCGGAAAAAUUACAGCCGCGUGUGGAUAGUGCAACAUUCAAUGCUGUAAUAAAGAGUUUAACACCAUCUGAUUUCUGCCCAGUUUGGCUUGGUCAAGUUGUGCUAUGCGCUUUGCCGUCAAACUCAAGUCGACACAACUCACCACACCAAACCCAUGUCCUCACAAGCCUUGUGUUGUCAAACCUGCCCUAUGGAGAUUCCUGCAUUGUGGUUGUUUGUGAGCGUUCAGCAGUGUUUGCAUCUGCUUGUGCAGUUGCCCGUUGCUUCCCACUGUUCUCACUGAAAACAAACAACAAGACAAAGAGGACCGUUACUGUUGAGUUCCUAGUCGUUGGCAAGGAUGCCACGCCCCUAACGGAAGAUGAUGUGAGCUGUUUGACAGCUGCUGCAGAGAGUGUCAGAUUGGCGGCCAAGAUAGUGGACAUUCCUUGCAAUGAUAUGAACACUGAUCACUUUCUUGAGGAAAUUAAAGCUGUUGGAAAGGAGCUUGGUAUUACCCCAGUUAUAAUCCGUGGAGAAGAGUUGAAGGAAAGAGGAUUUGGAGGUAUUUAUGGUGUCGGCAAGGCGGCAGCCAAUCCUCCUGCCCUUGCAGUUUUAAGCCACACCCCAGCAGGUGCCACCCGUUCGAUAGCCUGGUGCGGAAAAGGGAUUGUUUACGACACUGGGGGUCUAUCAAUCAAAACUAAGACUGGGAUGCCCGGCAUGAAGCGAGACUGCGGUGGUGCAGCUGGUGUGCUUGGUGGGUUUAGAGGAGCCGUCAAACAGGGGUUUAAGGAGAAUCUCCAUGCAGUGUUCUGUCUUGCUGAGAAUGCGGUUGGGCCGCUGGCUACCAGGCCUGACGAUAUCCACACUCUCUACUCUAAAAAAACUGUAGAAAUCAAUAAUCCUGACGCAGAGGGAAGACUGGUACUAGGUGAUGGGGUCUACUAUGCCAGGAAAGACCUCAAAGCCGACAUUGUCCUGGACAUGGCUACGCUAACUGGUGCCCAGAGCAUCGCCACUGGACGCUACCACGGCGGACUGCUCACAAAUAACGAGGACUGGGAACAAGUGUGUGUAAGAGCAGGCCGGAGCAGUGGUGAUCUUCUGCACCCAUUGCCAUACUGCCCUGAGCUUCAUUUCUCCGAAUUUUCGAGUGCUAUGGCUGACAUGAAGAAUUCAGUAAAAAAUCGCGAUAAUGCGCAAAGUUCUUGUGCGGGUCUGUUCAUUGGAAGUCACCUUGGGUUCGACUACCCCGGGGCGUGGAUUCACAUUGACAUGGCCGCCCCUGUCCACUCGGGUGAACGGGCUACAGGUUAUGGCGUGGCUCUACUGAUGACGUUGUUUGGGGAGUGUUCAUCUAGCCCUCUACUCCAAGCCAUAGCGCCCACAAUGCCAGCGAGGACAUGCUAGUCUAGCGACCCAACUCCAUAGCUUGCACACGGUAGACAGACUAAUAUAGAGACCUCAAACAAGCCCACAUUGGCGCGCACCAAUAAAGAAAUGGUGAAAUUGUUAUCCUUGAAAUAAAAGCAUCAUCUAUUGUC